AUGUCUAUGGGCAAAGAAGGACGCGGCAGCGGCAGUGGAAUGUCCAAUGUCGGCAACUCCCAGGCUUACGAGGCUGGUGAUCAGGUAACGGCCCCGAGAGGUAUGCAGGAGGAAACCCGGGAUGAGAAAACGCAUGUGGGACAUACUCCCAGCCAGAUCCUGUCAGAAGAGCACAAGAAGCACUGGGGGCAUAAACACAGUCAAUCUGAAGAAAAGAAGGUUUGUGUUAUUAAUUUACUUAAUGGAGAUGUUGGAGGAGCAAGUGUGUUAACGACGAAUACAGAUACAGAGGAGCGCCAAAGAGACGCAACAGCUAAAGCAGGAUCCGACAUUGCCGGCAACGGUGCAUGGGAACAAGCCGUCCAAGGGUGCUAG